AGAGUUGGGGUUUGACCCAAGGCAUGACAUUUAAGAGUGUCUUGAAGACAUGUUUCAUCUUCUUCAUUCAUUCUUAAGGAACAUCGUACUUUGGUUGAUUUGAUCCUCGAAGGUUAUGGAGCACUUAGAGUUGGUGAAUGAAGUGAAACACCAAAGAAUCAAAGCCAACGGGAUAUGGUUACAUGUGGCAGAGAAAGGAACAGGCCCACUUGUUCUUCUGCUUCAUGGCUUCCCAGAACUAUGGUAUGCCUGGCGCCACCAGAUCAAUUACUUGGCCCAACAUGGCUAUCAUGCAGUUGCACCUGAUCUAAGAGGCUAUGGUGACUCUGAUUCUCCUAUUGAACCUACUUCCUACACUUGUCACCACCUUGUAGGUGACCUUAUAGCUUUGCUUGACCAUUUUGGUGAACAACAGGCAUUUGUCGUUGGAUCUGAUUGGGGAUCAGCAAUUGGAUGGUAUCUGAGUCUGUUUAGACCUGACAGAGUAAAAGGAUUUGUUGUUUUGGGUGUUCCUUACCACCCAAGAUCACCCACCAGUAAACCGGUUGAAACUAUGAGAAAAUUAUUUGGAGAUCAGAGUCAUGUCUGCCAGUUCCAGGAACCAGGCAGAGCAGAGAGAGCUUUUGCUAGAUAUGAUUAUCUGACAGUGAUGAAGAAGUUUAUUCUGAUGAUACAAACAGAUUUUCUAGCAUCUCCAGAAGGCAUGGAGCUAAUUGAUUUCCUGCCAACACCUUCUGUUAUGCCAUCAUGGAUAACUGAGGAAGAACUCACGGUUUUUGCAGACAAAUUCCAAGAAUCAGGUUUUACUGGUCCACUCAAUUAUUACCGUGCAAUGGACUUAAACUGGGAGCUUCUUGCACCAUGGCAAGGAUCAAAGGUAACAGUUCCAACGAAGUUCAUAGCAGGAAACAAAGACAUGGCUUUUGAUCUUGAAACAUUUGGGACAAAGGCUUUAGUGGAAAGUGGUAUUUUCAAGAGUCUUGUUCCCAACCUUGAAGUUGUUAUUAUAGACGGCCACCAUUUUAUCCAUCAAGAAAAAGCCCAACAAAUUUCGGACGAAAUCCUUUCCUUCAUCCGUAAAUUUCCCCCUAAUGCUUCCAUAUAACGUUGCCGAUUUAUGUACCUUUUAUUUUUUUGGUGUAUUUUUAGCUAUUUAUAUUGUUGUUUGUUAAAAAAAAACUCCUGGAUUUCCAUUGUUAAUUAUUUACAAUUUUACGUAACUAGAAUUGUGGGUUUCUGUAAGAGAAAGGCAAACAAAUCAUCCAUUUAAAAAGUCCAUAAUUUAUAGGAGUAAAGGUGAGCAAUGCCAUUAAUGAACAACUAAAUAGACUUUGAAUAGAUUUAGUAAUUCUACAGGGAGUAUAAAUUAAGCUUAAUAAUACUUCCA